AUGGACGGUGCUGGCGAUGGAAAAUUGCCUGGCGGUGACACGUCUCAUAGUGAAGUCAGAUUCGUCCCGUCUCAGCAUCAUGCUGAGCUCCUUAGUGACGAUUCUGUUGUUCCUUCCGUUCAACCUGUUUCUCAAGAAUCCUCUCCAGUCACAGCUCCGACGAAACGACGCGGCGGCGUGAGCUUUGCGUCCAACACUGAAAUUAUCGGUCCGACAAUGCCCAUCGAAGGACCGAGGCGGAUGUCAAGUCCGAAUUUAUCCCCAAACAGGAAUAUUUUCGAUACGCCAGAAACUGGCUGUAUUGGGUUGAAAAACAUCGGCAACACCUGCUACAUGAAUUCUGCUCUGCAAUGUCUUCUUCACGAGCCGACCUUUUUCAACUUCUUCGCCGACUUCGAAAAUGCGUCCAGAAAUGAAAAUGGCAAAGGAUUCAAAGACACCGCCCUUACCCCGGAGAUCAGGAAGCUUUUUAAUCAGUACUGGACAUCGAAAUCGAGUUGGAUCGCUCCACAUGACUUCAAAAGCAGACUUGACGUCGAAUGCAGCCAGUUUGCCGGGCUCUUUCAGCAGGACGGACAAGAAUUUUUAGCCGUAAUGUUAGACAAAAUGCAUGAGGAAAUCGUGGAAGCAACAAAGCCCGCAAACGACCUUUCUCAGUCUUCAGAGCACCAAAACAUUGUUAGGGCGAUUUCAAACGAUGGCUCUUCAGACUCUGCUUUCCUUUCGGCUGGCAGUGAUACCAACCAUCAAAACUCCCCGUUUUCUGACGCAGGCGCAACACAAUCAGUUGAGUCAAAAACUCGCAAGCGUCAAUCAAGUGGCUCCAGUCAAGCGGACUCUCCUCCUAAUCCAGCGAGUCCGAUCAACAACGCCUUCCACAAAGUAUCCCUCUCCGACUCGCCAAAACACCAGCUAGGCUCGCCUUCGACAAGCCAAGCCAGUACCUCUGGAAGCACAACAAGCAGUACACCAAGUCAGCCAGCGAAAAGGCCGCGGCUUACUUCGGAAUGUACAAUUGUCUCCGACGAUCCAAAGAAACUAUGGGACAAGUAUAUGGCAGAGAAUUUAUCGCCCGUUUCGAAAAACUUCCAAGGUCAAUUUGCUUCUGAACUUUGCUGUAAAAUGUGUAACAAUAGAUCGACUACUUACGAAAACUUCAUGUAUUUAAUUGUUCCAGUUCCUAAUCCUGAGAAAAAGACGCUUGCUAUCAAAUAUGCUUGUCAUACAGAAUCGUAUUUCACCAAACUUGCCGUGGAAGUAUCCAAAAAAACUACUGAUAAAAUCUCGUUAAUUACGGACGCCACCAAAGAACUUUUAGAGAAAAGCAACAGAAAAGUGACAAAUAUGGAUCUCUUCGAAUUGAGCGAUGGUCAAAUUAGAAAGCAGAUAAAUAUAUCCGACCCAAUGUAUAUGCUCCCGACGCGUGAGAACUCUGAACUCAUCCUGAUGGAGUCAGUCGACUUGCGAAACGAGCCAGAGGUGAAAGAGACAAGUGGAGAGGAUAAAAUCGACUGUAACAUUUGCCUGGGCGAAACUGUAGUUGGAGAGAUGAAGACAUGCCCGUACUCGUGUGGCGUGAUGAUUUGCGCAUGCUGUGCUGAAUCGUUUGCGGAUUCAACCGAGUGCAUGAAGUGCAAGGAAAAGAUCGAAAAAUACGACGAUGUCGAAAUAGACUCAAAAGUUAAUAUCCCAGUUGCUCCAGCUUUACCGGCAAUUCUCGAAGAGCAAGUGUCGAUCGUCUCUCUCAAAUUAAAAAUAGAAAGCGAGGAUCUUGACGACAAGCUGCGAUCUGUUUCUGUCCCCUUUUCUAUUCGAAUAAGCAAAAAAACCAAUUCAUCAAAGCUGUAUAAUUACGUGACGAUGUACAUGCUUCAAUUUUCCGAACAAAUGCCGGAAUUCGACAUUCACUACUCGAAUAUAAACGGCGAAUACUGUUCAAAAUGCGGCUCCACUUGUCAAGGAUGUAUCGUACCUCCUGACUUCGAUAUCCAGCUCAAAUCCAACGACCAUUUCAAAAUUGUAACGAAAUCAGAAAUCAGCAACGUCACUUGGGAAAACAGCGAGAGCUACAAUAACCUCUUCGACAAAUCAAAAAGACCUUCGCUAGAAAAAUGCCUGAAAGAGUUUACAACACCUGAAGAAAUGGGCGAAAAUUGCGUUUACUGUCAGAAAUGUCAGAAAAACACAAGCGCGACAAAGACGAUGACGGUGCAGAGGUUUCCUGACACAUUGAUAAUCUACCUAAAGCGCUUCGUCUUUGAAAACGCAAUAUCGAAGAAAAUCGACACUGAGGUGCUCUUCGAUCGGAUUGGACUGGAUGUGAGCGCGCUAGAAACAGCUGACGGAGAAAAAUCGGGAAAGUAUAAUUUGAUUGGCUCGAUUCAGCACUUUGGAACAACCAAUGUCGGGCAUUACACUGCCUAUGCGAAGAAUCCGUUCGACGGAAAGUGGAAUUAUUACGAUGACCAAGAUGUUAGUGUAAAACGGCCGACAGCGAGGGAUGCAAAGGAUGUCUACAUUCUUUUCUACAGGAGGGAAAACGCAGCUGGAGCGGAGAAAACACUCCUCGAUACAGUUAUUUCGAACGCUCCAGAAGCCCUUCAUCAUGAAGCUCCAAAUGUAAUUUUCGAUACUGAAGAGCCGGGAAUGCAAAGCUGUCAAAUACAGACGAUGGAUUCGACAGAGGAGUUGUGGAUGCAAGUACCGGACGUUGAGCCAGCGAACCCACCGAGAGUUUCUCCCGUCGGUUCGCCGAUCAGAAGAGUUGGCGGGUCAAUUAACAUCAGAUCAUGCUCUCCUGACGGAUCGAUCAACAACUGCUCGCCGGGUUCUGACAGAGAAGAGCUCGAUCUCGACCUGGAUUACCAGGUCGAAGAAAACACUUGCCAAAGUGAAAUUCCUGACGCUCCAGAUCAUGAAAAAGGAUAUUUUUGA